AUGUCAACAAGCGGCACAGAAAAACAUUGCAGACUGUGUCUCAUGCUUAGUAAAGCUGGGACAAAAGCAUGUCAUAAUCUUCUAUUAAAGCGUGUGGAAGAGCUUAAACCAGGUGACUUUCAACAAAACGAAUGGACACUUACAACAUUUUUGGAAAGUAAAAAGCAAACUAUAAAGAACUCAAAGCUUUCAAAAGAGAAGUUGAAAGUCCUUUUCCCUAAAACCGGCGAAACAGUUCUUUCAAACUGGGAUUUAUCACUUUUCUGUCAAGUCCUUUCUUCGUACUGUGGUUUGACUGAUAUAAAUCUUAUGGACAUAAAACAAUUACGAACAAUACGGAAUGAUCUCUGUCACAUGAACGACGCUGAAAUCACAAAUACCUUGUUCAAAAACAAACUUGAAAUGAUACAAGUGAUAAUUGGUAGAAUCUUAGAGAAACUCGACGACAACAAUUUGAAGCUAGAAAUUGACGCUAUCAUCAAGGAUUUAGAAAGUGGACCUCUUUCGCUUGACGAAACGCUUAAAGAGAUCCGUAAGUUUUACUUGAUGGAAAUGGACAUCCGUGAAAAAUUGGACCACGUUGAAGAAAUUGUUUUAGACAAGUUAGACAAACUAGACGAAAAGUUUGAAGUCAUAAAUAAUAAGCUUGACCAAAGGGGAAGUUCAGGAAUCGAUUCAGCAAAGAACAAUGUUCUUGUUCCCGGAGUUAACAUUGUUCUUGAUUUGAAAAAUGUCAGUAAUGACGAAGAAGCACAUAUGUCUGAUGUUCUAAAACAGCUGUUUGAAGAGGCCAUGAAUCAGAACAAUGAUUUCAAAUCCAGCAUACCACUCGAUUCAUAUGAAUUGGUCAGUGGAGGGAAGCCAUGUAUUCAAACUACUAUUUAUAGAGACGAGUUUUGGAAUGUUUUGGAUAAAUCAAUCUCAUCUGUCGAUAGAUUUUUAUCGGAACUCAACGUCGAUAACGUUCAACCACUCAAUGAGGGCAGGAGGUUAACAUUAUCAUUUUCAGCUCGGAACGCAAAAUCUAAAAGUAGCGAAUCUUUCUAUGAAGACUGCAACAACGAGCUUCAUACUUGUCUACAACUACUGAAAACAGAACUUGAAUCAGAAUUCAGUACCCAGCAUUUAUCGAUUCAAGCAAGUUGCUCGACAAAUGUGAAUCGUGAAACGGAUGAUACGUUCACCGAUGAUGAGGUAGAAAACCUAAAUGGACAGGGUGAUAUCAUGCAACCGAUUAAGACUGGUGAUGUUAAGAUUUCAAAAUUAUGUAAAGAAGAAAAGGAAAUCAGUUAUAGUGUUAAAGAUGAAGAAGAGAAAUGUCACAAGACAGCGAUCAAGCGACGUUUUUUAGAAGAUAUUGAUUCAACGAAAGGGGCACAAGAAAAAGAAAAAUAUCACACAGAAAAAGAGAAGAUAAUUACGGAACAAGAUGAUUGGCAUGAUCAAACAAUGUUUUCUCCGGUGAGUACAUCAACAUAUUCAAAGGAAGAUAGUACAGCUUUUAUUUCAAAAUACUGUACAGAAGGAAAAGAUAUCAGUUAUAGAAUUAAAGAUGAAGAAGAGAAAAGGUACAAGACAGCGACGACGCGGCGAUUUUUAAAAGAUAUUGAUUCAACGAAAGGGGCACAAGAAAAAGAAAAAUAUCACAAAGAAAAAACGAAGAAAAUUACGGAACAAGGUGAUUGGCAUGCUCAAAGAAUCUUUUCUCCGGCGAGUACAUCAACAUAUUCAAAGGAAGAUAGUACAGCUUUUGUAAGUAGCCCAGCUAAUAAACUGUGUUUUCAAGCUUUUGUAAGUAGCCCAGCUAAUGAACUAAUAUCAAUAUUCUUUUCAUUUUAGUUAAAACAUCUCUCUUGCUUAAAAUCACAUUUAUGCUAUGAAUAAUAAAUUUAACUUAUAUCCAUUUAAUAUAAAUUCAUUUGUUUGUUUUAGAAAAUAUGCUAUAUAUGAGACUGAGAAGUGUCCGUCCGUCCAUUCUCAUUUGUGUCGCACGUUA